GUGAUAAUGAUGAGGUUAAAAAAGCCGGUGGCCUUUCGUGUGUAUAUCAGUGUGGGGAUCACUUAAAUACCCCACGUUUUCCUUCGUCUUUCGUUUGCUCUUCCCUUACUUAAAACCCCUCCUCCUCUAUCCCUUUCUCUCCACACAUCAAGGCUCUCCCUCUUUUCUCUCAUUUACUUCGUCUCUUCCUUCUGCUGAAACUAACAACAAAAUAAGAAAACCAAACAAGCAAAAACCUUAACUUUUUGCAUGCUCUGUUUAUGAACUUCUGUAAAGUUGCUUGCUUUACAUAGUUUGUCAGUCUGCUUGGUUAGCAGUUACCAUUGUAUUGAAUAGGUGUUUUUUUUUCAGUUUUUAAGUGUGUUGAGGAAAACCCUGAAUCAGAAACUGGCAAUGGGUGACCCACCAAACUCGGAAACGGAGUCAAGCACUCUCGGCAACAACGCCUCUGCCUUAUCUCCACCUUCAACAUCCUCCUACGGUGGUAAAAUGAAAUUAGAUACUGACCUGACGUCCGAUCCGAAGAGACCAAAGCGUCCGAGGGAUAAUAGCAAGCACCCGGAUUACCGUGGGGUCCGUAUGCGGACGUGGGGAAAAUGGGUAUCCGAAAUCCGAGAGCCCCGGAAGAAGAAUCGGAUCUGGUUAGGCACUUUUUCGACUGCCGAAAUGGCGGCACGAGCCCAUGACGUGGCAGCCUUAAGCAUCAAAGGCAACUCGGCGAUUCUCAACUUCCCUGAACUCGCCGAGUCGCUGCCUCGACCAGCUUCCAACUCGCCCCGUGACGUCCAAGCCGCCGCUGCUAAAGCUGCCUCGAUGGAGUACCUAAGUAAUGGGAACACCAGCAACGCCACAUCGUCAUCAUCAUCUUCAUCAGCUUCCACGUCAUCAUCAUCGAAUGUAGAUGACGUGUCGACACCGGAGGAGCUGAGCGAGAUAGUGGAGCUGCCGAGUCUUGGGACGAGCUACGAAUCUGCGGAGUCAGGGAGCGAGUUCGUGUACGUGGACACGGUUGAUGGGUGGCUUUUCAAUCCAAGUGGCAUGCCUUGGUAUAACGAAGAAAAUUGUGGGUAUUUUGGGGAGGAAAUUUCGAUGCAAAUGCAACAAACUGUGAUUACAACUUGGUUUGGUCCUUUACUAUGGGAUCAUUAAUGCAUGACCAAAAAUAUGAAAAUAAAAAUCCAAGUUUGCCCUUUUUUACUUAAAAAAA